AGUGUUACCAUACCUUCAGAAGGGAGAUGGAAUAUUAAAAUUCUGGACUUCUGAUAUUGAUCAGAGACAUUUAGCAGUUAGACAAGAUGGAUUUGAUUUUGAAAAGGAAGAUCUUUUUGAUGAAUCAGCAUAUGAAAAUUAUAAUUGUAAAUCCAGCUUGUGGUGUUCAGAAUCAUAUUCAGAAACUAAUUCGCUAGAUUCAGAAACUGGUUCAUUAGAUUUGAAUCCUUCAUUUGAAUUUCUUGAAAAUACAUUUCAAUUAUUUAAUCAUGAGUGUACACCAGAUUCACCAUGUGGAUCUGGAGAAUAUUCAGCUUCAGAAUUGUCAUUUAUAUCAGAGAUACCUCUGGAAGAUGAUUCAGCUUCAGAAUUGUCAUUUAGAUCAGAUAUACCUCAGGAAGAAUUAAAUAUUGAGAAUUGA